GUUUACGUUGAGGCAGACGACGGGAGGUCAGGGCGCCGCGCGUGGGACUCCCGGCACCUUUUCUCUCUGAUGUUGGCUCUGUAACUCGCUUUUUUCUCCCUUUUCUCCCUGGGAUUGGACAUUUUGGCCAAGAGGCACACCAGAAAAUGAGGCUUUGUUAUGAGUAAUAUGGUGUGGGCACAAGGGUUGAAAACCCUAGUGCUGGCAGGCCAGAGCAGCAGUAUUGGCUUAGUGAGAAGCAGUCAGGCCCCACUCUUAGCAUGGAAGGCAGGCUUGAGAAUAUUUCCUCAUAGAAAAUAUGUUCAUAAUCGAAAUGUAUCUCCUAGUAUUUACCAACUAUCUGGCUUACAAGAUGGAGAUGGUACAGAGGAAUCCGUGAAGGAAGUGCCAGUCACAAGAGCCAAUGGCAAUGGGCAAAGCAGUAAUAUUAAGGUUUUACUCAUUGACAAGUCAAGAGCACUUAAAUCCCUCACAAGCAGAGAAACUCCUGUCAUUCAUGAUGCAGGAGCCGGUGCAAUAGUAGACGUGAGAGCAAGAGAACAAGAAAGGGAGUCAGUGUCAGAUGAGAAAAAUGAAGCCGUUGAAGUUCGAUUGCAAGUCACCCAGCUGCUUCAGAAUUCUAGAGCAUCAGUUAAGACUGCUUCUAAUUUGCAGCCCUAUAAUGAAGACAUUGAAUACAUAGAUGAAGCAAAAGACCGCUGGUCCCAGAAGACAGAAUUAGUUGGUGCGCUAAAGCCAGAAGAUCUAGACUGGAGACCACAGAUGCUGAAUAUUAGCAAACUGGGAACAUACUAUGCUGGACUGGCUAAAAGCAGACUUACUGGAUUGGUUGUGAUAACAGCAGUUGCCGGAUAUGCCAUGGCCCCAGCUCCCUUAGAUCCCUCCACAUUGCUGCUUUGCUCGGUAGGCACUGGUCUGGUGUCAGCGGCAGCCAAUACAAUAAACCAAAUAUGUGAGGUUCCAUACGACUCUCAGAUGGAUCGUACCAAGAACAGAAUUUUAGUACGAGGACUUAUCAGCCCCCUGCAUGCCGUAUGCUUUGCUACUGUUUGCAGUACAACUGGCAUUGCAAUGUUAUACUAUGGGGCUAAUGGUCUAGCCGCCAGUCUGGGUGCUGUGAACCUUUUGCUGUACACCUGUGCUUAUACUCCCAUGAAGAGACUUAGUAUAAUUAAUACUUGGGUGGGAUCAGUAGUGGGUGCUAUUCCUCCUAUGAUUGGAUGGGCAAGCUGUUCGGGGAGCCUCGAAGCUGGUGCCUGGGUUAUGGCAGGUGUCUUGUUCGCCUGGCAGUUCCCACAUUUCAAUGCCUUGUCUUGGAAUCUGCGGCAAGACUAUUCCCGAGCUGGCUAUCGGAUGAUGUCUGUUACCAAUCCAGUGCUGUGUCGCAAGGUUGCUUUAAGAUAUAGUUUAGCAAUGAUCGGCAUCUGUACACUUGCACCAGCGAUUGAUGUUACAACGUGGAUGUUUGCAGUGGAUUCUUUGCCAGUGAACGGGUACCUCACAUAUCUUGCAUGGAGAUUUUAUCAAGAUGCCGACAGCAAGAGUUCGAGAAAGCUGUUCUUGUUCACCCUCAUCCAUCUCCCUGCCAUUAUGAUGCUUAUGAUUAUUAGUAAAAAACAUUAUAACAAAAAAGAAAGUAAAGAUUCAGCAUUAGCAGAGGGCAGCCAGCGCCAUUCAGAGAGACAAGAGUUAACAAAAGAAGUCACGUGAUUUUAGGCAAAAUUAUUAGUGCUUGAUAUUCCGUAUAUGGAAUUCAAAGUAAAGAAAAUAUUCAUAAGUGAUUGUUUUGGAUGACAGGGAGAGUGAGUGUAGUUUGGUGUAACAGAUUUGUAAAUUAGGAGAAUUAUUUUAAACACAUGUCCACAUAUAUUUAAAAGACAAAACUCAUUUCCGGGCAUUCUGGAGAUUUUGAAUUAUGAUCGGUAUCUUUUUCUAAAUUUGGUCUUAUGUUGCUUUUGUCCUUUUUCAUAAACUUGCAGGUUGAUUGUUAAUAAAGCAUUUACAUUCUGAAAAAUAAUUGUUGUUACUGCAUUUUUGUGGCAGUUAUUUUUAAAAGGUUUAUGUAACACAGCAGCAUAUAUAUAUAUGGAUAAUGUACAAAAAUGUAUAUAAUGUAAAUGAGGAUUAAAGAAAAAAAUGGA